AUGAGGGCGCAAAUUGCCCGCCAUGUCUCCCGACGGGUCCUCGUUCCAAGGGGAUGCGUUCCCGCCUGCACGAUUCUUUCUCGCCCGACCUGUCGACAUACGCAGCUGCCGGUAGCGGCAACGAUAUCUCUUUCCAGACGAGCCCCGCGACGGACCUUCUUCGGUAUACUCGGGAAGGCCCCUAGACAGAUUAAGAAGCCAGAGUAUGAGCCUGGGUGGACGACGAUAUUGACAUGGAGGAACCGCCUGCUUGAGAGUGUACGGCCUCCAUCGAGAACGGAAUUAGUAGACGCCUUUCGAGAACUGUUUACUUAUAAACUCCGUUUCAACGUUGUCGUCAACAGCACCCAAGCCCUACACUGCCGGAACCUGCUGCAAUACCUUCUUGAGAACAAGGAUGACGAGCCAGGAGCUGGCUUGACGUUGACAGAACUGACAACGGCACGAGAGGCACUUUUGAAGCUGCCGAAGGAGGAUACAAAUGAGCAUUUGGAAUUUUCCAAGGCCUUAUAUGAAGCGAUCAAGGCAGAGAGGGCGUUAGACCCGUUGGACCCUGGCGCAGCAGAGGAUUUCGAGGCGCAUAUUGUUGCUUUGACGCUAUUUGGAGCAUCUACCGAAGCUUAUACGAUUCUUCAGGAGUACUGGCGUCAUCUCCCGGAACUAGAGCGGCCAGACGCCAGGAACCUCUGGGUUAAUGUACUACAGGGUUUGGCAGAGGAAGGACGUCAGACAGAACUUGUCAAUGCGGUCACAAAGGCCCAGGAGCUUGGUGUGCCGUUCACGCCCAGUGUUCAUGAGGUCAUGACGACCUUUUAUGCGAAGAACAACAAUGCCUUGGAAACAAAAAAGUGGUUCUUGCGGCCGAUACACCAAGAAGAGCGGCCCAGCGCUAGAACCUACAAGGAGAUAUUGCAUUUCUCCGUCAGAAAUGACCAGCGCGGCUGGACUGCUCCGAUUUUCAAGAAGCUCGUUGACUCAAACCCCGGCAAGCAGCACUGGGAUGUCAUCUAUCAGUGGGCAGUGCUUUCUAUGGGUAAAGGACUCGAUGACGUGAAGGGUAUGUUUGAGGUUGUCGCGCGUCACAAUCCAGAUGAUCCCUCCGUCCAGCCUGACACAGAGACCAUCAACGGUCUCCUCGAGGUCGCUACUGAGAAGAACGAUGCCUAUCUGGCGGAAAGGCUAGUUGCCUUCUCUUCUGAGCUUGGAAUCCCCCCCAAUGCCAAAACCUACCUCCUUCAAAUGGAAUUCAAAAUCAGAGCGAAAGAUCUGUCUGGCGCAAGAGCAGCGUACAUGCAACUUCCGAAAACUGAGCUCAGCGGAGAAGAAGAUCUGCCGAUGAUCAACAAAUAUCUUCAGGCGCUCUGCUACCAGGCAACGCCGGAUUUGAAGGCGAUUCGCGAGAUUUCUGAUAUCUUGGAGGAGCGUAUCGUGACCUUAGAUCCAGAUACUGUCGUUGCUUUAUGCACAGUCUUCCUCAAGAACGACCAACAACUUGAGGUCAUCGAUACGCUCUCCCUGAAUGUCUUCCAGCACAGCAAUGAACAAAGACGAUCCAUUCGCGAUGCCUUCGUAGCGUACUGCUUGGAUAGGAAAAACAGUACGGCAAGAGUAUGGGAUGCAUACUCAAUUCUCCGACAGUUUUUCCAGGAGACUAGCGUCGAGAGCCGUCUGGAGUUGAUGGAGGCUUUCUUCAACCGCAACCGAACAGACAUGGCCGUCCAUGUAUUUGGCCACAUGCGGCAACAUGUUAAUCCUGAUUUUCACCCAUCACUUGACGCCUACAUUCAAUGUUUCGAGGGGGUUGGCAGAUGCCCCGAUUUGGACAGCUUGCGGCUGGUUCACAACAUGUUAAAGAUGGACACUUCCAUCCAACCCAACACAAAGACGUACAACGCGCUGAUGAUUGCGUACGGAGCCUGCAGGAGGCCGAGCACGGCACUCGAUUUCUGGCAAGACAUCGUUCGCUCGGCUGAAGGCCCAUCAUACAACAGUCUCGAGAUUGUGUUCUCUCUAUGUGAAAUCAAGGCCUUUGGCGACCAGAUUGCCAGAGAUAUCUGGAACAAGAUAGAGAAGAUGGAGAUUGAUGUCCCCCCAGCUGUUUUUGCUGCCUAUUGUGGCGGACUUGCUGGCAACGGCAAUCUUCAGGAGGUGCAGAGCACAAUCAGAACCAUGAAGCGAGCUGUUGGGUAUGGGCCUGAUGCAAUGACACUGGGCAUUCCCUUCAACGCACUGCCUGGGCAAGGGUUGCAGAGAGACUUCGAGGCAUGGGCUAAGAAGCAGUUCCCUGAGGAGUGGGCAGAGCUAGAGAAAACCCGUCACUACAUCACGGCGGAGAAGUUGAAGAAAUUCAAGCUGCAGCGGGUGCUGAAGGCAUGA